AUGGAGAAGAAGAAGAAACAGAAGAAGAAGCAUAAGCAGAAUAAUAUUGAGAAGAAUCCAGAAGAAAACCAAAACAGUCACUAUCAAAAUCAGAAGAAUGCAUUAAAAGAAGAAAAGAAGGAGAAUGAGAAAAAAAUUAGCGAAGAAGCAGAUGGAGACCCAAGACUUAAGGUUUUUAAGAGGGAUUGGUUUCAAGGCAAGGAUUGUCUCGACAUUGGUUGCAAUAGUGCAAAAGAGUUUCGGUGCAAGAGCAUUCUUGGAAUCGAUAUUGACUCUGAUAGAGUUUCAGAUGCAUAUUGGCAUUUGAGAAAAUUUGCAAGGACAGAAAAUGCUAGAAAGAACAGUUCAAAAGCUGCCAGAUUGGAGCUUACAAAUAAAGUUAAUGGUGCUGAGCAUAGUGCAGGUACUUCUUCAGUUGAGACAAAAGAGGAAGGGCCACCUUCUGUGGAAGGAGAUCUAUUUGAUGUAGUUUCUUUCCGCCAAGAAAAUUUUGUUCAGAGUCAGCGUCCACCAGAGAAGCAAUAUGAUACAAUUCUUUGGUGGGUUUCUCCUUCCACAAUGUCAUGUCCUGUGAACAUGUAUUUUAUGAAGGCAUGA